AGACUCUAAAUAGAAAUGAAAAUCCUGAUGUGCUAAUCUUACAGUGAGAACUUCCAUGCUCUCCUAAAGGAUAUAACAGAAGGUAAAAAGUCUGCAUCUCACAUGGAUAAUUACGCCAGUGAUGAAGACACAGAUGAGGACUUUGAUACCCAGCUCAUCAUCCAGGAGAGUUUACAGGACAUUCACAAGCCGGGAACUACACAGCAGGCACCUGCAGAUGAGAGUUCCCAUUCCUUUGCGAGCGCUGACUAUAAGAAGAUAAUUGAAACAAUAGAGACAGGUAAGGAAGAUGCACUGGCACGCCUGACCAAGUGCCAUUCUGCUUUUGAUGAAGCAGAUGAGAUAGGCUGGCUUCCUCUGCAUAAGGCUGCGGUGCAAUUAAGCAAGAACAUUUUGGAAAUAACCCUGAAAGCUUCAAAACCCAGUGUGUGGGAGCAAACCACCCACAGCGGGGAAACGCCACUUUUUUUGGCUGUCAGCAGUUGCCUCUUAGAAAACGCCAGUUUUCUUCUUGUCAAUGGCUGCAAUCCAAAUGCCAAGAAUUCUGAAGGCAAUUCUCCUCUUCUUACAGCUGUUCUACGUGACUCCUAUGACAUGGCUGCCUUGCUGAUCAGCCACGGGGCAGAUGUCAAUCUUCGGUGUACCAACGAGAGGACCGCUCUCCAUGAAGCAGCCAAACUGGGCAGGCAGGACAUAGUAAAGUUGCUGCUGGUUUCUGGGGCUCACCCUGAUCCACGGAGCUCCUAUGGAUUCACUCCUCUUGCUCUUGCUGCCCAAAGUGGAUACACUGAAAUCAUGGAAAUGUUACUGCAGAAAGGAGCUAAUGCUCUUGGUCAGGCCUCUGACUCUUCUUCCAUCUUACUUGAAGCCGCCAGUGGAGGAAAUCCAGAUUCUGUGACUCUCUUGCUAGAGCAUGGAGCUGAUGCCAACAUCCCUAAGAAUUCAGGCCACCUUCCCAUUCAUGUUGCAGCUGACAGAGGCCACUUGUUAGCCCUGAAGAUUUUGGUUCCAGUUACGGAUUUUGCUGCCAUUAAGCAGAGUGGCAUCAGUCCGGUCCACUGUGCAGCAGCAGGAGCACACCCCCAAUGCCUAGAAUUCCUCAUCCAGGCUGGAUUUGAUGUAAAUUUCAUGCUAGAUCAGAGAAUUCGCAAACACUAUGAUGACCAUAGGAAGUCAGCUUUGUAUUUUGCUGUAUCAAAUGGUGACCUCUCUUCAGUUAAGCUGCUUCUGAGUGCUGGAGCUCUGCCCAAUCAAGACCCAGUUAACUGCCUCCAGAUAGCCCUAAGGAUGGGCAACUAUGAGCUGAUAAGUCUGCUGCUACGGCAUGGGGCCAACGUCAAUUACUUCUGCAGAGUCAACCCUUUACAUUUCCCAUCAGCACUGCAAUACACAUUGAAAGAUGAAGUCAUGCUCAGGAUGCUCUUGAAUUAUGGGUAUGACACAGAGCGAUGCUUUGAUUGUCCCCAUGGAGACAAAGUUCAUCCUUGCUAUACUUUUGAAGGCUGGACAUCUACAGUUAUCAAAGACACUAUGUUCUGUGAAGUAAUAACUUUGUCAUGGCUGCAGCAUCUCUCUGGGAAGGUUGUUCGAGUGAUGCUUGAUUAUGUUGAUCAAGUUCGAAUCUGUUCAAAGUUGAAAGCUGUGCUCCAAAAACAAGGGCUCUGGUCAGAAAUCCAUUUUAUCUUAACAAACCCUCGAUCCCUCAAACAUUUGUGCCGCCUAAAGAUCAGGAAGUGUAUGGGGAAGUUACAUUUGCGCUGCCCUGUCUUCAUGUCAUUUCUUCCAUUACCAAACCGUCUAAAAGCGUAUAUCCUUUACAAAGAAUAUGAUCUUUACGGACAAGGAAUUUUCACAGGAACCUGGUAAUCAAACUGGAUGAAAAGGUAUACAAUACAGAGAUUGAACAACUCUAUACAUUCAUCAGUGUUCACCAAAAGUGCACUCCUUAAUCCUUAUCACCUGUUUCAUUCAUCUCCUCACUGACAUCCCCUCUGGUAACCAUCAGUUCUCUAUAGUUAAGAGUCUGUUUCUUGAUUCACCUCUUUCCCUAUGUUCAUUUGUUUUGUUUCAUAAAUUCCACAUAUGAGUGAAAUCAUAUGGUAUUUUUCUCUGACUUAUUUUGCUUAGCAUUAUACUCUCUAGAUCCAUCCAUGUUAUUGCAAAUGGCAAGAUUUCAUUUCUUUUUUAUGGCUAAAUAAUAUUCCAUUGUGUAUGAAUACCACUUCUUUAUCCAUUCUUCUAUUAGUGGACACUUGGGCUGCUUCCAUAAUUUGGCUAUUGUAAAUAAUGCUGCAAUAAACAGGGGUGCAUGUAUCACUUUCAAUUAGUGUUCUUGUAUUUUGGGGGUAAUACCCAGUAGUGUGAUUACUGGAUCAUAUGGUAGUUCUAUUUUUAACUUUUUGAGGAAACUCCAUACUGUUUUCCAAAGUGACUACAUCAGUUUGCAUUCCCACCAACACUGUACAAGGAUUCCUUUCUCUCCACAUCUUUGCCAACACUUGUUUCUUGUGUUUUUUUAAUAUAGCCAUUCUGACAGGUGUGAGAUAUCACAUUGUAGUUUCGAGUUACAUCUCCCUGAUGAUGAUAUUGAGCAUCUUUUCAUGUUUAUUGGCCAUCUGUAGGUCUUCUUUGGAGAAAUGUGUAUUCAUAUCUUCUGCCCAUUGUUUAAUUGGAUUGUUUCCUGGGUGUUGAGUUGUAUCAGUUCUUUAUAUAUUUUGAGAACAACCCUUUAUCAGAUAUGUCAUUUGCAAAUAUCUUCUCCCAUUCAUUCAGUAGGUUGGAUGCCUUUUUGUUUUGACAGUUUGUUUCCUUCACUGUACAGAAGACUUUUAUUUUGAUGCAAUCCCAAUAGUAUCUUUUUGCUUUGAUUUCCCUUGCCUCCAGGGACAUAUCUAGAAAAAUGUAGCUAUGGCUGAUGUCAGAGACAUUACUAUCUGUGCUGUCUUCUGGGAUUUUUAUAGUUUCAGGUCUCACAUUUAGGUCCUUAAUCCAUUUUAUUUGUGUAUGGUGUAAGAACGUGGUCCAGUUUUCCCAAUACCAUUUGUUGAAGAGAUUUUUCCCCAUUGUAUAUUCUUGCCUCCUUUGUCAGAGAUUAAAAAAAAAAAAAAGAUUGGCCAUAAAAUUGUAGGUUUAUUUCUGGAUUUUCUAUUCUGUUCCAUGGAGCUAUGUGUCUAUUUUUAUGCCAGUACCAUACUGUUUUGAUUACUAUAGCUUUAUAAGGUAACUUGAAGCCUGAAGCUGUGAUUCCUCCAGUUUUUUCAAGACAGCUUUGACUAUUCAAGGUCUUCUGUGGUUCCAUACAAAUUUUAGGUUUGUUCUAGUUCCGUGAAAAAUGCUGUUAGUAUUGUGAUAGCAGUUGCAUUAAAUCUGUAGAUUGCUUUGGGUAGUACAGAGAUUUUAACAAUAUUUGUUCUUCCAAUCCAUGAGCAUGGUAUGUCUUUCCAUUUCUUUGUGUCAUCCUCAAUUUCUCUCAUCAGUGUUUUAUAGUUUUCAGAGUACAGAUCUUUUGCCUCUUUGGUUAAGUUUGUAUCUAAAUAGUUUGUUAUUUUUGGUGCAAUUACAAAUGGAAGGAUUUUUAAAAAGCUUUUAUUAAAAUUCCAGUUAGUUAACAUAUAGUGUAAUAUUAGUUUCACAUGUAGGAUUUAGUGAUUCAACACUGCCAAACCCAAUGCUCAUCACAAGUGCGCUCCUUAAUCGCCAUCACCUAUUUAACCCAUCCCUGCACCCAAAUCCCCUCUGGUAACCAUCAGUUUGUUGUCUAUAGUUAAGAGUAUGUUUCUUUGCCUCUUUUCCUUUUAAUUUCACUUACUGUUGCUUCCUUAUUAGCGCAUAGGAACGCAACAGAUUUCUGUACAUUGAUUUUGCAUCCUGCGACUUUACUAAAUUCAUUUAUCAGUUCUAGUAGUCUUUUGCUGGAGUCUUUACGGUUUUCUAUAUAUAUCUGCAAAUAGUGAAAGUUUUACUUCUUCUUUACCAAUUUGGAUGCCUUUUAUUUCUUUUUGUUGUCUAAGCACUGUGGCUAGGACUUUAGUACUAUGUUGAAUAAAAGUGGGAACACUGUACAUCGUUGUCUUGUUCCUGACCUUGGGGAAAAGCUCUUGGUUUUUCCCCACUGAAUGUGAAGUUCACUGUGGAUUUUUCAUAUUUGGCCUUUAUUAUGUUGAGGUAUGUUUCCUCUAGACCUACUUUGUAGAGGGUUUUUUUUUUUAUCAUGAAUGGAUGUCAUACUUUGUCAAAUGCUUUUUCUGCAUCUAUUGAGAUGAUAUGACUUUUAUCCUUUCUUACCGAUGUAUCAUGUUGAUUUGUGAAUACUGAACCACGCUUGCAUCCUAGGAAUAAAUCCCACUUGAUUAUGAUGAUUU